GAACCGUCGUACUAGAGGAUUUUCGCAACCAAGCCGUUCUAACUUCUAAGAGCUAUACCACCGGCUCCUCGUUGUUUGCAACAUGUCCGACUUCUUCAAAUCGUCGUCGUCGUCUAACAUGACUGCAAAAAAGGAAGCCGUGAUGAAUGGUGUGCGCUCCGAGAUUGCCCUAGCCAGUGCGCAGGAGCUUAUAAACAAAACGAACGAAAAAUGCUUCGCUAAGUGCGUAACGAAGCCUGGGACCUCCUUGUCUAGCUCAGAGGAGACAUGCCUGUCUCGAUGUCUCGAACGUUACCUGGAAACAUUCAACAUGAUUAGUAAAACCUACAGUGCCCGCUUAAGCAGGGAACGGGAGCAGCGGCAACUUAAUCAGAUAUAGUCGGCAUAUUGUAUCCAUACCACCCCAUUCCAUUAAUCAUACUUUCAUGCUAGUCGUUCAUCAA